UUAAUACCCGGUGUUUAUUCCAUGUUUUCGUUCUCACGUGUGGCACAUUUCUUCCACUUAUCAUGUCUUCGAAGAAAAAGAAAAGUAAAUCCAAGCGGUUAAACGAAGGGGACGGCUCCUGUGACUCGAGCAACUUGGAAACUUCCGGUCACGAGGGGAGCACAAGCAGCAACGUGUUCACUGUCAUCGACUUCAUUGACAAAGCUGAUGACAAAACGCCCAAAAGUUGCAGAUGGUCACUAGCGCAACUGAGCCUCAACUCCCUAAAGUCCGCAGGCGUCAGCAUUGGCAGACCGGUCCUCCUCACGAGUCCCACGGGGCGACAGGAAGUGUGUGUCGGAUGGCCCGUGGCCGCCUUCCCCAGUGGGAAAGUGGGCCUCCACAAGGGCGUGCAGAGCAACCUGAAAGUGAAAUGCGGGGAUGCGGUGACGCUUCAACCUGCGACGGGUCCCGUGCUUCAAGCCGAAGAAGUCGUUCUCUCUCCCAGGUCCAUAGAUGACAAAUUAAACACGGACGAAUUCAAGAACUUCCUGCUGAGUUCCUUAGUUGGAAGCAUCAUUCUCCCAGGUAACGUGGUGUCCCUCACAUACUUUGGCCGCCCGUGCAGUUUUUACGUGGAAACCGUACGCGGGGAAGAUGGUGGCGCACUCCAGAGGGCGUCUCCUCCUCAGCCUCGUUCCUGUGACACCGAGGAGUCAUCCGCGCCGGAGUCCACCGCCGCCGACGUCUCGUUGCGCCUCGGCCUGCUCUCCUUAGACGACACGGGGGGUGCCGAGACACCGACCGCCAGCACGCCGCGCAGAACCGCCGACUGCCCGCCUCCCCUAUCCCCGCCGUCCCCCAUUUUGAAUCACCGCGACCCACCUGCUGACACUGAGGAGAACACCAGCAGCUUGGAGGGUUCCUUCAGCUCGGAACAGCCUCCCCAACUUCCCACGGCGCCCUCUGCUGCUGUGUCGAGUACUGACACCUUCUACUGCCUCUCCUCGACGACGAAGCUCAGUUUUCCAGGCAAAGCCAAGCGGAAGGAUGCCGACCCCAAAAGAGCAAACGUGACAUACAGCAUGAUUGGCGGCCUCAGCAGACAAUUGGAGGUCAUCAAGGAGACCGUAGAGCUGCCUCUCAAACACCCACAACUCUUCUCCAGUUAUGGCAUCCCCGCUCCCCGAGGAGUUCUUCUGUACGGACCCCCCGGCACAGGAAAGACCAUGAUCGGACGAGCCAUCGCCAACGAGAUCGGCGCUCACAUGACGGUGAUCAACGGGCCGGAAAUCAUGAGCAAGUUCUAUGGUGAAACUGAGGAGAAGCUGAGACAAAUAUUCACAGAGGCAUCACAAAGGACACCUUCCAUCAUCUUCAUCGACGAGCUGGACGCCCUGUGUCCGAAGCGCGAGGGCGCUCAGAACGAGGUGGAGAAGCGAGUGGUGGCGUCCCUCCUGACCCUCAUGGACGGGAUCGGCUCCGAGGGCCACUCGGGACAACUUCUGGUCCUGGGGGCCACAAACCGACCCCAUGCCCUCGACCCGGCUUUGAGGAGACCUGGACGCUUUGACAAAGAGCUGGAGGUUGGCGUUCCCAGUCCCGCCGAGCGUGCCGACAUUUUGCACAAGCACCUGAGCUCGGUCCCGUGCUGCGCCACAGCGCAGGAAGUGACGCGGCUGGCCGACGCCGCUCACGGCUACGUCGGCGCAGACCUAGCUGCUGUUUGCAGAGAAGCGGGUUUAAAUGCACUGCGGCGAGCGAUCAGCGCAACCAGCAGUACGUCAGAUCAGGAGCUGAUGGGCCAGGUGACGGUCACACUGUCCGACCUCCAGUGGGCCCUGUCAGUGGUGAAGCCCAGUGCCAUGAGGGAGGUUGCCAUUGAUGUGCCCAAGGUCCGCUGGGCAGAUGUCGGCGGCAUGGAGGACGUGAAGCUGAAACUGAAGCAGGCCGUGGAGUGGCCCCUGAGGCACCCAGAGGCGUUCACCCGCAUGGGCAUCCAGCCACCCAAGGGGGUGUUGCUGUACGGACCGCCGGGCUGCUCCAAGACCAUGAUCGCCAAGGCCCUGGCGAACGAAAGCGGCCUCAACUUCCUGGCCAUUAAAGGUCCUGAAUUGCUGAGCAAGUACGUUGGCGAGUCUGAAAGAGCUGUGAGAGACGUGUUUCGGAAGGCCAGAGCCGUCGCUCCGUCCGUAGUCUUCUUUGACGAGAUUGACGCACUGGCCAGCGAAAGAGGAAGCUCUUCUGGAUCGGGCGGCGUGGGCGACAGGGUCCUGGCGCAGCUCCUGACAGAGAUGGACGGCAUCGAGCAGCUCGGCGACGUCACCGUACUGGCCGCCACCAACAGGCCGGACAUGAUCGAUAAGACGAUCUUCCGGCAUGUGUCGUCUUGCCUCUUGGCAAGCCGAGACCACCGGCGUCCUUGGAAUGCUCUCCAUUCAGGAAAUCUCGUUCAUUCUCAUGGAAGGCUGCUCCCCUCCUGCAAUAAUGCUCCCAAGCUGACAUUUUUCCACCCACAAGAAUGUAUAUUCCAGGUUAGCUUUAGAACACUGUUAGAGCGUGGUGUUCAAUUGGUGGAGUGCAGGGGUUCUCAAACUUUUUUUGGAUCGAGGGACCCCAGACGGGGAAGAAAUUUCUUCAAAGGACCCCCUCGUAAUCGUAAUAUCUACAAUGUGUACCCGUAAAUGCCAUGCAAAUUACAAGAAAAAAAAUGUGUAAUCUUUCCAAGAACAUAGACAUUUUUCUCUAAAAAGCUAGUCCUGUGUUAAAAAUUGACUUCAUUACUGUAACAAUACUCAAAAUGACUUUACUCAUGCAGCAAUGUCAGAUUUAUGCGAUUAUAAGUCACCAUCAUAUCAGAGCUUUCAACUGGCCCAAGGCUAAAUAAAGUAAGAAGGAAUAAUUGGUUAUGUUUCUUUUAUGUAGGUAUCCACUUUUUAAAAAUGAUGCCACAUCAUUUAUUGCAAAUUGUUUUACGCAACCCCGAGUUACGGCUCGCAGACCUCAGUUUGAGAAGUGCUCGUUUAGUGUAAAUCGUGUAUAUAGUAUCGUUCUAACCUCUUUAUCUGGCCUCUUGAACAACGGGAGCCAUCUUUGCCCACAUCCGGAUGCACUCAUACAGAAUGGAAGGUGGCUGGGGAGCAGCUGGUGGGGCUAACAAAUAAUACCCUCUUUGUACCUUCCAAAUAUCCCCUGCCGAAGCCCCCCGAGCUCGUCUCUCCGCUCCAGGCUUCCCAACACCACAUUAAGGGCUGCUUACAAGUGUAAAAGCUUUAGGUCUUUGGGGGGGAUUUGAAAUGGGAGUAUGCCGACUAGCUUGGGUAAUGUUUCUACAUUGUGUCCCCUUUCCCCCCCCUCUGUUUGAGAAAAAGCAGGUAUGUGCGAGGUCCAUUGGCACGUUGGGUGAAUGGCGAAACAAACGGGCUUUUAUUUGCUGUACAGUGGUGCCUCGACUUACGAUAUUUGAACACAAGCGCUGCAGCAACACUUGUAGGCAGACAGUAUAACAACACUCAUUGGCAUAUGUUCUUUGUCCUCCACGAAAGCAACUAAUAUUACUGUAGCUUACUGAGCUUAGAAGAGACCGUCAUCGUGUAUUUAUUUUGAAAGUAUUGUAUUGCCCCCUGUUGGCCAAGGUGAGGACACCAGAAGGAGCAUUUGUUUUGUAUGUUAUAACAUAUGUAUAUGCUCGAAACAUUUUUGUUGGUGUUUUUUGUGCGAAACCUGGAACAGAUUACUGGCAUUUUCUAUUCAUUUAAAGGGAUAAUGAUAAUUUGAGACUUGAGUGUUUUGAGUUACAAGCGUGGUCACGGAACGACUUGAUCUUGUAAGUCAAGGGACCGCUGUAUUUUCAGAGGCAUGCCAGACAAGCUAAUGGGAGUAACAGUAUCCCGACAUCUAUGUAUCGCCAAGCUAAUUUCCACUCAGUAUUAAUAGCUUAUUCAUUUCACGGUUCAUAUACAUAAACGCUAGACGGACACCCUGUCGGACAGACAUUGUGGUGGUGUGUUACCACACUUUUCAAGUUCCUAUGAGAUCUGUUGUACUAGUUAGCCAGCGACCCUGGUGGAGAGACGACAACAACAACAACAACAACAACAACAACAAAGUGGGACAGAAGCACUGCGGAGGUCUUUGAGGCCUUUCGGGGCCCCCUGCCGCUUCUUGGCAGAAGCCUCACUUCAUUUCCUCUUUCACAAAGAUGAAUGGCCGUGUGAAAGGGAGGCUGUUUGCUGGUCCUUUUGCCUUGCUCUAUAUUCGCGUGUCAUCUCCAAGUCAUGUACCGCUGUAAGGAAAAAGACAAAUAGCACUGUAUUGUAUAAAACAAUAAAAGAGCAUGUCAAUGAAUAAACUGGUUAAAUACAGUGUAAUUACUGUACAAUGGGACAAGUGAAGUCGCAGCAACAUCUAUAGUUUUGUAUGGGUGCCUUUAAGGGGCGUGGCCUUGUUAAUGACGUCAGGAACAUGGUCGGUU